ACGAUGUCACUCCUCAAAUCGACAAUUUAUCUGCCAAACUAAAACUUUUGAUUGAGGAGAAAACAGAACUUGAACGUCUGCUUAGGGACGUGACCAAGUCCUCCUCUGUGGCUUCAGAUGUUCGUCUCAUCAUGGAACAAGAUCUCGAAAAAAAGAAGAUUGAGGUGGAUAACAUGCAGAAUCAGAUCUCGGAUUUGGAAGAGGAGUUGAACAGGGCAAGAAGUCUAUUGGAAGCGACAGAACGAGACCAGAAGACAAUACUUGAAGAGGAAAGGUAUUCGACGCAUGCUAUCCCGAGAACUAAAAUUCGUCUAAUACAAGAAGAACAAAUGAGGCGAGACAUGGAGGAGGCUACUCGCCUCAAACUCGAGUUGAGUAUGCAAGAAGAACGAAUGUUGGAGGCCAGGCGCCAACAAGCACAGGAAAUAGAGCAAAGGACACAAUUAAUGAAUGAUUUGGAGGAGAAUAGAGCGGCAAUUCUUGAACAACUAAAGAAUAUUGAUGGUAAUGCUAUUUUCUAUCAAAUUUAG